GAAAGGGGCAUAAACUAUAAAUUAUUUGCAUUUCUUUUCAAAUUUCUUCCUCCAUUGAUUUCACUCUACGCUUACUGGAUUCAUUUUCUCCGUUAUUAGUUAUGACGGAGAUCAUUUGGUCUUUCGACUCCAUUCAUGCGCUGUUUUUCUCCGCCAGCAGAGCCUUGUGUAGUCCUUUUGCCGUUUUUAUUCAGAUCCAGGGAUGUGUAAUAUGCUUACUUCUGGCUGCUGGAUGGGCCGGUGCAGCUUAUGUGAGAAACAGAGAAAUAAGACAGAUGAAGAAAUGUAUGAAAGAAGGCAACGACUUUCCGUUUCUUAGUCAUGAUAUUCAUGACCUCGAACAUUCAAAACAGAUCCAAUUGCCAGGGGUCACAGUUGUAAUGCCCUUGAAAGGUUUCGGAGAACACAAUCUGCACAAUUGGAGAACCCAGUUGACUUCCCUUUACGGUGGCCCCUUGGAGUUCCUAUUUGUUGUGGAUAGUACUGAUGACCCAGCUUAUCAUGCUGUAUCUCGUUUGCUUCUAGAUUUUAAGGAUGAUGUUGAUGCAAGAAUAGUUGUAGCUGGCCCAUCCACAACGUGUAGUCAAAAAAUUCAUAACCAGUUGGUUGGGGUAGAAAAAAUGCAUAAAGGCAGCAAGUAUGUAUUGUUUCUAGAUGAUGAUGUUAGGCUGCAUCCUGGAUCAGUUGGUGCUCUCACUGCAGAGAUGGAAAAGAAUCCUGAGAUAUUUAUUCAAACUGGCUACCCACUUGAUUUACCGUCUGGAAGUUUGGGAAGUUACUGUAUUUAUGAAUAUCACAUGCCAUGUUCAAUGGGAUUUGCAACUGGUGGAAGGACAUUCUUUCUUUGGGGAGGCUGCAUGAUGAUGCAUGCAGAUGAUUUCAGAACUGACAAACAUGGUGUCGUAUCAGAGCUUCGUGAUGGUGGAUACUCGGAUGAUAUGACUCUUGCGGCUAUAGCAGGUGCUCAUAAGAGGCUCAUCACAUCACCUCCUGUUGCAGUUUUCCCUCAUCCUCUUGCCAGUGAUCUUACUUUUGCAAGGUACUGGAACUAUUUGAGAAAACAAACGUUCGUCUUGGAGUCAUACACAACAAAUAUAAACUGGAUAAUGAAUCGGGCAUUAUUUUCUGUGCAUUGCUACCUAUCUUGGGGAUUCGUAUCCCCAUAUAUCAUGGCUAUAUUUCAUCUUGUGGCAGCACUAGGAUUUCGUUUGAAGGACAAUAUAGCCGAAGAACCUGUUCUCAAUCCUAAAGGGUUGAUACUUGUUGGCUGCCUAGUCAUAUGCACCGGCAUUGAACUUCUUUCAAUGUGGAAUUUGACAAGAAUAGAAGUUCGGCUAUGUAACAUGUUGUCUCCUGAGGCACCACCGCUUUCACUUAGUGCUUAUAAUUGGUGUUUGGUUUUUGUUGCAAUGGUGGUGGAUAACUUCUUAUACCCGAUUUCAGCAAUUCGCUCACAUUUUUCUCAGUCCAUCAACUGGUCUGGUAUCCGAUACCAUUUGAGGAAUGGGAAAAUACACAAGAUCGAACGAACAAUGGAGAAAGGCAAGAAAUUUUCAGAUUUGGCAGCAAAGCGUUUAUACGGUAGGAAAGGAGCCCAAAGCAAGAUCUCGAUCCUUGGUUCUUUGUCGAGAAGUUUGGCUCACUGGCGGCAACCAAAGAAGUACGAUGUGUAGUUUCGGGUCGUUUCAGAUUGCUUGUGAUUAAUUCUAUAUUGGGUUUUAGGAGAACAAGAAGUUACCAGGUAUUGUUAAUUUGUUAUUCAUCCAUGAACUAGCAGCCAUUCCAUUCUUUUCAUCCAUUUUGCAACCAAAAAAAAAAAGAAAAAAAAAAGAAAAAUUAAAUUCAAUUGAUUGAUUCUUCAGGUGUAGUUUGGGUUGGUUUUGUAACUUGUAAAUUUAAUUGUUGUGUAAUUUAAAGGAACUACUACUAUUACAAGUCCUCAUGUAAGACUCAUUUUGUCAAAGGAAAGUGACACAGAUUUGCA